AUGGCUCGUGGAGAAGAAACCACGUCAACAAAGACCGGAAAGGGGAGCGUUGCUCCGAAGGCUCGUUCCUUGGAAAAGGAGGAAGCACCUAAGGAAUCUGCCGAAAUCAAGUUUCCAGAAGCACCCAAACAAACCAGGGUGCCAGAUGCCGUCCAGAGGAGAUCAGCAGCCGAGAAACAGAAGGGCCCUCAACCCAGUAGGUUGGCGCAGGAGUUGCAUAACUACCAGGUAGAGAGGAAGAGGCAUUCAAUGGACGUAUAUGUCCAGAUCACAGGCCUGGACUCAGGGAGGACACGUGGGGUCAAGGCACUGCUUGACAGCGGUUGCAGUACCUGUUGCAUCAACACUGACUACGCGCGGGCAGAAAGAUUGGAUAUCCAGGAACUCCCCCAACCCAUCAUGGCCCAAAACGCCGACAACACCAAGAACUGUCGCAGACAAUAUUGCGCAGUGGAGAUACGACCAGUAGCAAUCACCUAUAGAGACAGAGUCUCAGCGAGUGUAGAAGACACAGAGCUAACAUUAGCAUCGCUAAUACAAACAACCUUCAACAAGAACAUCAGUGGCCGGAUCACCCACUAUGUCGAUUUGAGGAUGAGAAUCGGCCCUCAUGUGGAAACACACAUGUUCCUCCUGACGUGCUUGGGAAAAGUCCGGAUCUUCAUCGGCCUUGAUUGGCUGACAGAGCAUAACCCCAAGGUGGACUGGCAAGAGCAGACAAUGAGAUUCAGCCAAUGUCCAGAACAGUGUAACAUGAGGGGUCACAAGGAGCACCAGGCAAUGGUAGAUAUGGACUUGGUUGACCUGGACACGAGGUUGAUCUACGGCUAA